UCAAUUUAGCGACGAGUGAGCUGGAGAACACAGCCCGGAGAGGCUGCUGCUUUCUGCUGGAAGACAGAAGAGGAACGUCCAGACGUCUUGUGUGAGAUGAGGUGGAGUCGUCAGGAUGUAGAAAAAUGCGAAGAAACUGGUGAGAAACACCUCAGUGUGCAAAACCAGACGUUUACUCACUUUAAUACCAACACAGGCGGUGAGGAGCAGUAGGAGGAGCAGUGAGCGGUGGAGGACUUUCUUUCUAAUGGAUAUAUUUUAACUGACUGACUGAGAGGACGCGGAUAAGUUGUGUUUGGACUGUUCUGGGGAGAAACAUUAGGAUAAAUAACUAACUAACGAGGUUGGUUAAAAGCUUUCUAGUCGUUUGACUGGACUAAGACAGUGUGUUUGAAGUUUUCUCACGGUGCCAGUGCUUUUUUGAGGGACUAAAGUUUCCAUUAAAUUAGCUAUAAAAUGUAAGUUAGAGGAAGGACAGGUCCAGCGGUCAGUGCUGCACUUUAUUUAUUUAUUUUUGCCUGUUUUGCCUUAGAAGUGCCUUGAACGCACGCUUUCGGUGUUUUUGUUUUGUAAACACACUUACACUCACUUUCCUCCCAAAGAUGAUGGACCUGCCGGGACCAGGCUCGUUUUAAACAGCAGGAGGAGGAGAAGACGCAACAGCAGCACCCAGUAAAAUGCUAUGAGGUGAGGUGAGGUGAGGAGACUGGAGAGAACCAUCACUGAUGCCUGGUGGACACUCACUAACUGUGAAACAAUGAGCAACGGUCCCAAUAUUGUCUACGAGUGGCUGAAGACCCUCCAGCUUUGCCAGUAUGUUGAGGCGUUUGUGGAUAAUGGUUACGACGACUUGGAGGUGUGCAAGCAGAUCGGAGACCCUGACCUGGACGCUAUAGGAGUCUUCAACCCUCACCACAGGCAAAAGCUUCUCCGUGCAGUGCGCAGACUGAGAGAUGAGGACAAGAAAGUGGCCCCAGGACUUUACUUCACUUUAGAACCUCUCCCUGGUGUCCCCAGUGUCGUGCACUCCUCUCAGGUGUGUGACACUGAAGUAAAAGACUCAAAAUCAUGGGUCACUCCUGCCUGGAACAGAAGAGGACUCAGCCCAGACUUUGGGCUUCCAAAUAAUAACAAUAAUAGUCUCUUGCUUGAACACCAUAUGGAUCCAGUGACCUACCCUAAACUCAAGCUGAAGAUUCUGAUCCGAGACAAACUCGUCAAGGAUGGUAUCGACCUGAGCAAGCCCCCCUACUCAUUUAAGGAUGGCUCUUUGGGAAACAUCGAGGACCUGGCCAAGGAGUACUCUGAAUAUUACAGCACCUCUUACAGUGACGUGUGUGAGAGGAUGGAGGAACUUCGAAAGCGGAAAGUAACUCAGGAGGCCGAAACGAAAAAAGCUGAAUCAACCUCCACAUCUCUUCAGCUGCGCUCAGAAAUCCAGGAGUCGCUGGGUCUGAGUGGUGCUGUGUCCCCUCAUGAGGUAGAGAGAAGGCUUUCGAUGCACAAGUCAAGUUCUGAAGACGGGUCUGGAGGGAGAUGGGACUCCAGAAAGAAAAAUAAAUCCUUCUGGCAAAAUUUCCGCAAGACACAGAAAGGCAUAAUGCGUCAAGUGUCAAAAGGUGAAGACCUGGGCUUUGUUGCCAGUGAGAUCACAAUGAGUGAUGAAGAGCGGAUCCAGCUGAUGAUGAUGGUGAAGGAGAAGAUGAUCACAGUGGAGGAGGCCUUGGCUCGGCUGAAGGAGUAUGAGACCCAAAGCAGGCAGUCAUGCAACACAGACCCAACCGUGUGGAUGGACCCCUCCAGUCCCUCUCUGAACGAGUCCUCCAACUGUGAUUCACGGGAACAGUCAGACGAUGAACUGGAGGAGUCGCUGGCUUUUCGCAGACUGCACAAAUUGGUCAACUCAACCCGCCGUGUGAGGAAGAAGCUCAUCAGAAUAGACGAGAACAAAAAAACCAUUUCUAAAGACUCUGAGGUCACCUGUGAAGACAACUCCUCUCUGUAUUCUGGGGUGCAAAAGCGAGUGGUCCAGGGUGAUGGACUGGCCUCUGUUCUGCAGGAGCAGCUCUCUGUGGAUGGAGAUUCAGACAGCUUGACCACCUCACCCUCCUCUAGCAGUCUGGAUACCUACAACAGCCACAAACUCUUCAAAGCCUUCAGCAAGUCCAGCAGCAGUCAGGGUUUGGGCCAGAUGCCCUCAGGCCCGAGUGGACCUGUCCCAGGGCUUGAUGCGGGCAGCGGCUCCUCUUUCUCUGAGGCAGAAGGCUGCAGUGAGGAUCAGCCUAGGAUGGCCCGCUCUGUAACUGAUGGAGAGAUGAGACGAUCCCUAAGCCCCUCCAAUUACCACGGAAGGGCCUGUAGCUUCGGAGGGUUUGACCUUGUGAACCGGUCUAUAUACAUGAGGGAAAACAGCUGCGACCCGAAUCAGAUUGAAAGCGGAGACAGCAUCAGGAGGGAUACAACGAGGUCACCCACUCCAUCCCGCAUUUCUCUGGGGAAGAAGGUGAAGUCGGUGAAGGAGACCAUGAGGAAACGCAUAUCCAAGAAAUACAGCGCUGCCCUGUCUGAACAGUCAAGCCCAAGCAGAGAGCCAGGCUCACCCCAGUCCCCGCACACACAUACUGACUCUCUGGAGAAACCCAAACUCAAGGCUGGAGGCUCUGUCGAGAGCCUGAGGAGCUCACUGAGUGGCCAGAGUUCUAUGAGCGGUCAGACAGUGAGCACCACAGACUCCUCAGCCAGUAAUAGGGAGAGUGUGAAAUCAGAGGAUGGUGAUGAUGACGAGCUGCCAUACAGAGGGCCUUUCUGUGGCAGAGCCCUCGUGCACACAGACUUUAUCCCCAGCCCAUAUGACACAGACUCCCUCAAACUCAAGAAAGGUGAUCUAAUAGACAUCAUCAGUAAGCCACCCAUGGGAACGUGGAUGGGCCUGCUGAACAACAAGGUGGGCACCUUUAAAUUCAUCUAUGUAGAUGUUUUGAGCGAGGAAGAGGAGAAGCCCAAGCGCAGCAGCAGGAAGAGGAGGCAGAGCCGGCCACCCAAACCCACAUCUGUGGAGGAGCUUCUGGAGCGCAUUAAACUUAAAGAGCACAUGCCCACGUUCCUGUUUAAUGGCUAUGAGGAUCUGGAUACAUUUAAGUUGCUGGAGGAGGAGGACCUGGAUGAGUUGAACAUCAGAGACCCUCAGCACAGAGCAGUGCUGCUUACUGCAGUGGAGCUGCUGCAGGAAUAUGACAGUAACAGUGAUCCUGAGCGUGGAGGGUCAUCGGGUUCUGAAGAGAAGGUUCUGUCAGAAAGUGGAGCCCCCCCAGACUCCCCCCGUGACUCUGGCUGCUAUGAGAGCAGUGAAACACUGGAGAACGGGAAAGACAAAAAGGCAUCUCAUUUAAGCAGGUCUUCAUCAGGCUUCGAGUCCAGUCACCUCCCAUCGCCUGAGUAUCCAACCCCACCCCCCAGCCAGUCCAGUGGGUCUACCAUUCGCAAUCCACAGUCUCUUCUGCUCACUUUUCAAACAACCACUGUCAAAGAUAUUCGCUUUGGUUUGGGCCACUGCCUGCUCAGAGCAAAGCACCUCAGCCACAGCUGUGAUGCACUGGUUGGCCUCUCUGCUCCUCAAGGGUUGUGGAAACGCUGUCUUUCCCUGGACGACCUUCUGCAGGAUCGGAUUCUCCACACAAAGUACCCAGAAGACCUGAGGCCUGCAGAUUCAGGGACUUGUGAUGGUGCAGUGCAGAGGCAAAGCCCUGCUGAGAUACAUGGCCUCACUAAAACUGAAAGCACAGACCUAGGUGCAGAUGAUGAGCUGCCUGCUAUUUCUCCUUCUGUUAAUCCCAUCACAGCAGAAGUAGAGGCUCAUGAAGACACUGCAGUUGCAGAAAAUGCUCCAUUAUACACACAUCACAUAAAGCCACCAGUUCCUCCCAAACCUCUACCACUGCCCUUCACUAAGGGUAAGGAGACAAGCCCUGAUGUUGCUCCAUGGUCCAGUAAACUCUUCAUGCAGAGGCUUGGGAAGAAACCUCAGCACAGCAAAGCAGCUGAUCUGGAGUCACUUGUUGAGGAAAAACUAAGCUUGGAUGGCAUUGACCUCACAGAGGAGCCCUUUUCUGAUAAGCAUGGCCGUUAUGGGGUCCCCUUGUCCCUUGUCCAGAGAUACUCUGAAGAUUUGGACAGGCCAUUGAGUGAUAUUGCAACAGUCUUGGAUGAGAUAAGAGUCCAGCAGCUUCGGAAACAGCACCGCAUGGCAAUCCCACUGAAAGGUUUAUCAGAAAUUUGUGUAAAGCUGUAAAUGCUUGAGCACACAAAUGCUUGAGCAAUGCUGGAUUUUCUGCCUUCUGGAUGAGAUCUUGGAUACAGCACACAUUCUACAACUGGGAGUGGAUCAUACAACCACUGAGAGACCACAAUGCCUGCCUUGAAUGCCAUCAUGAAUAUAAAUGCAGAAAGACUGACAUCAGAAUGUUUGCCUGGGACAGUAAUUCAUAGACUGUUGUAAAGGAAAGCUGUAUAUUUUUAAGCACUAGUGAAGCCAAUUAAGAUUUACAGAGAAAGAGCAGAGAACUCUCAGUUUUUCUCUCUCUCUUCUUGGGCAGAGGUUCAGAUGGUUUUUGGUUUUAGCGUACUCUGUUUGGAAACAUGUAGUUGUAAUGUUUCCAAAUUAGAUGAAAGUUUCUUACAUUACAUAAUUUACAAAUCAUGCAAACAAAUAAACAGUGUUGUGUUUAGCCAGGGAUUUUAUGCAGAGAUUCCCCAAAACUCAAACUGAUUGUUUAGUAGGAUGUUAUGAAUUGUGAACUACGACGAUUACCUUUCAAAUGUAAAUACAGAUUAGGAGCUCUCUGUGAUGAAUUGUGAAUUUGCAUUUGUUUUAAAAUGUCUUUAGUUUCAUUUGGGUUGAAAAUGAAUAAACUGAUGAGUGCGACUGAUUUAUAGAAAUAUUAUGAUUGUGAUUGUGUAAGGCAGCACAUCAGGGGCUGAAAUUGCAGGCUGCUGCAUAUGUAGCUACUGAACCUGAGGGGAAAAAUUGUUGUAUCCGUGUCAAAGCCGUGUUUACUUUUUUUUUUGUUUUUGUUGUUUUUUUUUUUUUAACAAACUACUUAUAUGUUGGGUCUCUGCAUUUAUUUCUGCUGGCAAGCUUGUUAUCUGCUGGCCUUGUCUGCUAUACAUGUCCUUAAACUGUUUGAAUGUCAAACUGAAUAUUUAUUUUCUGUUUUAAUGUAGCCUUUGAUCAUACUCAGUCUCAUUAUGCUCCUGAUUUCUAGUGAAAUGCUUCUGAUAUGUAGAAUGACAUCUGAUCCAUAAAUACAUGCGAGUGUGUGGACUGUAAAAAUGGGGUUAAAAUUCCUUUUCAUCAACAGGAUAAUAAAAAUGACAACAAA